AUAUAGCCUACAACCGAGCUUUUAACUCCCGAGUUCUUUGAACAGGUCACCGUCUACCCUUUUGGUUCUUCAAUUUCCAAAAUCCAAGGUGAUUCAAUAUUUCUAACUUAAGCAAAUAAAAACCAGAUGGCUGCUCACAAGGUCGCACACGCCACCCUAAAAGGCCCAAGUGUUGUAAAGGAGAUCUUCAUCGCCCUUACUUUAGGCAUGGCAGCUGGCGGCAUGUGGAAGAUGCACCACUGGAACGAGCAGAAGAAGACAAGAUCCUUCUACGAUAUGCUUGAGAAAGGUCAGAUCAGCGUUAUUGCUGCUGAAGAGUAGCUUUUGCUAGGCCAUUUCUGGUUUGACGAAGAAUUGAUAAACCAGAAUUUGAAUCUUAUUUUUGAGUUCUCAUUGUUGGUUUGUGGAAUAAAGUAUGGAUACUUGUUGGAGUUGUGCAAAAUAUUGACUUGCAUUACGUAUCUGCUCUCUUUUGGCAAUUGAUAACAAUUUGUACUUGACCUAGAAUAUUAUUCGCAUCUUGAAUAUUUCUCUAUCAUAUCAUGUUCUCUGAGUACA